GCCUGCGACUCGUUUCGUUUCACUUUACCUUUUUUUAGCCUCGUUUCUUUCGUUAAUCGCCAUACCUUGUGCUCUCCUCAUAGCAUACUGUCUCGUUCUAUUCGAUUAGCAUUAUGCCACCAUUUUAUUUGAAUGCGCUAAUUUUUGUACUCUCCUUAUAUUUAUCGGUAUAUAGACAGGCUCUCUCAUGUUCUCCUCUCUACUAUAUAAUGCCUAUAUACAACUCUCUGCAAUGCUCAUUUGCUAAGAGCUAUGGGUAAGAGUUUAAAAGAUACAUUGAAGUAUCCAUGGUGGCAGAACUAUUAAUAAUUGCAUGUGCUCAGCAAAAAUAGUGUUGCCGUUAUGACUUUUGCUCGUGCCUAUCUAUAAUGUUGCCAAUAGGUUGUGUCGGGUUUUCGAAAUGAAAACAGAGAGCACUUUUUGAUUUAGGUUAUUGUAUGAAUUUACGCGCGCAUUCACAUAUGCGGUUUGGUGAAAAAAAUAUAUUAGCUGAUGAUAGCUUAAUAUUCGCGCGCUUUUUAAGUAUGAUAAACAAUAGAAAGCACGUUUAAAGAAACAAAACACGAGGGAGGCAUUGUUACGUAUUUUGCCGGCAUGAAAGAGUUUGCUGAUUAAGCGAAACGAAUUCAAAUGAGUUGGUGGAGAACAACCUUAAAGAUUAUUUUAAUUUAUUGAAAAAUAACAUUUUUAUAAAUAUAUAUUGCGAAGAUCUUGCUUUGAGAUCUAUUUUAGAUUUAACGAAUAUGUUUUUGUUUCCUAAAGUUUUGAGAAAAUCGGAUAUAUUUUGCGAAAAAUUUUUAAUUAAUUUUUCUUUUAAGUAAUUAUCUAAAAAUACUUUUAUUUUAGAAUAAAUUGAGCAGAUUUUAGUAUAAAUAGUAAAAUUUCCAAUACCGUCAAUACUGAACUAAGGUUGCCUUUAUAUUGUACAAUAUAAUGUAUGAAUAUAUGUAUGUAUUUGUACAAGUAUAUAAGCCGGCAAUAAAACAGCAACCUUGUAUCGAUGGCAAAAAAAAACUGAUUAGUAUCAUGUGAAUGAACAUAACCAACAAUAACAACAACACCAGCGGACAUAAAUAGCAAAUUGUACAUUUUUUAUUUAUUUAUUUGCUAUAUUUUCUCUUCCCUUUGCAUUAACGCCUGCUUCAAUCAUUUGCACACACAUGUCGUCAAGUCACAUCGGUUAGCAUAUGCCGCUGCCCUACUCAUAUCAGUUCAGUCUUUUCGAUUGUCUCCGACGUUGCCGUGAACAUUGCUUCGCUAACGACGUCGCUGACGUCGACGCUGUGUUGUCGUUUAUUUUGUUGAAAAAAUUGGCGGGAAAUUUUUUAACUCAAUAAGAUUGCUGUGUUCUGCUGAUAAAACCAAGCGGUGGGCACUCAGCCGGUUUGACACCGGUACAAAUGUGUACCAUCAUUGGUUUGAUGGAGAUAGCAGCACUUCAACAACGUCCCACUCCCUAAUCGUCGUCUCCGAAUCGAUGCUAAUGUGUUUUGUUUAGGUGUUCGCUAAAUGUUGCUGUUAACGCUAACAUCAUAAAAACAAUAUGCACUCAAGCAUUAAAUAUAAAUGUUCUGCUUGUCUCUCUCUCUUGCGCUGAGACAGUCAUUGACUGACGGUAAGUUUUUCAAAUGGCACUUCAAGCAAACAAUAUAAGUUGAUGCGGCGGAAAGCAACACUGUGGUAGCACUGUAUUUGUUUUUGUUGGGUCUAAUUUAUUUGUAUACGGCGUUUAACAACACUACAUAAGAGCAUCUCCUAAUUUUUCGCUUGCUUUUGAAGAGUAGUAAGAGAAUAUUUAUUGGAGAGGUUAUUUAAAAGGUCGACCAGCAGCUAGAGAGUAAGAGCAUGAGUAUAUUCAAGAGAAUAUUGAAGAGCAGUUACUGUCGAGGUACUGUGGUAUUUUCUGAUCAGUGUUUAUUUAAGAAAGCGCCUUUCGCAGGUCUACCUGUCCUGGGUCUUUUGAUAUUUUUGUACUAACGGGGGAUUUUUUUGAGGUUAGGAUUUUCAUGCAUUAGUAUUUGACAGAUCACGUGGGAUUUCAGACAUGGUGUCAAAGAGAAAGAUGCUCAGUAUGCUUUGACAUUUCAUCAUGAAUAGACUUACUAACGAGCAACGCUUGCAAAUCAUUGAAUUUUAUUACCAAAAUCAGUGUUCGGUUCGAAAUGUGUUUCGCGCUUUACGUCCGAUUUAUGGUCUACGUAAUCGACCAAGUGAGCAAACAAUUAAAGCGAUUGUGACCAAGUUUCGCACUCAGUUUACUUUAUUGGACAUUAAACCAACCACACGAAUGCGUACAGUGCGUACAGAAGAGAAUAUUGCGUCUGUUUCUGAGAGUGUGGCUGAAGACCGUGAAAUGUCGAUUCGUCGCCGUUCGCAGCAAUUGGGUUUGUGUUAUUCGACCACAUGGAAGAUUUUACGCAAAGAUCUUGGUGUAAAACCGUAUAAAAUACAGCUCGUGCAAGAACUGAAGCCGAACGAUCUGCCACAACGUCGAAUUUUCAGUGAAUGGGCCCUAGAAAAGUUGGCAGAAAAUCCGCUUUUUUAUCGACAAAUUUUGUUCAGCGGUGAGGCUCAUUUCUGGUUGAAUGGCUACGUAAAUAAGCAAAAUUGCCGCAUUUGGGGUGAAGAGCAACCAGAAGCCGUUCAAGAACUGCCCAUGCAUCCCGAAAAAUGCACUGUUUGGUGUGGUUUGUACGCUGGUGGAAUCAUUGGACCGUAUUUUUUCAAAGAAGCUGUUGGACGCAACGUUACGGUGAAUGGCGAUCGCUAUCGUUCGAUGCUAACAAACUUUUUGUUGCCAAAAAUGGAAGAACUGAACUUGGUUGACAUGUGGUUUCAACAAGAUGGCCACACAGCUCGCGAUUCUAUGGCCAUUUUGAGGGAAAACUUCGGACAACAAUUCAUCUCAAGAAAUGGACCCGUAAGUUGGCCACCAAGAUCAUGCGAUUUAACGCCUUUAGACUAUUUUUUGUGGGGCUACGUCAAGUCUAAAGUCUACAGAAAUAAGCCAGCAACUAUUCCAGCUUUGGAAGACAACAUUUCCGAAGAAAUUCGGGCUAUUCCGGCCGAAAUGCUCGAAAAAGUUGCCCAAAAUUGGACUUUCCGAAUGGACCACCUAAGACGCAGCCGCGGUCAACAUUUAAAUGAAAUUAUCUUCAAAAAGUAAAUGUCAUGAACCAAUCUAACGUUUCAAAUAAAGAACCGAUGAGAUUUUGCAAAUUUUAUGCGUUUUUUUUUAAAAAAGUUAUCAAGCUCUUAAAAAAUCAGUAUAAUGCAAAAGUUAAAAUGACUUAAACAUACAUACAUAUGAUGGUAUUUAUAUAUGGAUGCAAUUUUUUUUUUGACAUUUUUUACAGCUAUCGGAAUAGGUUGGCUCUUAAAAAUAUAAACCAAUAGUAAUACCUACUGGCUAUUAUAAAUUGAGGUAAUUUACGUUAUUCUGAAAAUACUAACAAGCUAUCCAAAGAAAUUUUAUAAACUUGCUUAGGGCCGCUCUGAAUGUUUACUACUGUUUUUGUACCAGAUCCUUUAAAUCCUUAUAUUUUUUAGAUUAAAGAUUUGUGUUGAGUUCUUCGCGAAAUUAUUUGCUAUUUCCCAUUAAUGUUGUUGUAAUUUAUUGUUCCAUGCUCUGAUUAGUGGCAGAAAUCAAGAACGGUUGAUAGUACAUACAUACAUAAUUACUAUUUUUAAAUAUGACAAAUUUCGAAGACAUAUGAUUACGUAUUUUCGUACAUAUGUAUGUGCGUGUAUAUCUGUUAUAUCGAAAAUGCCGAUAAAUAAAGCGCACAAACCUCUCAAUUCUGUAUGUUCAUCCAUAUCUACAUAUGUACAUACAUAUGCACAUAGGUAUUACCAAAAUAAUCAAUCAUUGAUAGUUUUGACUUUGAUAUAUUCACAAUAAAAAUUAUUAGGCUUAUGAUAGAUAGUGAUAACAACUGUAUGUAUGCAGAUAUAAUGUAAUAAAAAAAAAGUUUACUGCUAUACCAAAGCACAACGUUUGCAGUCAAUUUUUUAAUUUUUUUGUUGCUAAUAUACUUAUUUUUCAAACUUAAAUGACGUUUAGCCCAGUGCAUUUAUUUCUUUUUUUUUUAUCCUUUAUUACUGCCAUUUGUCUCUUUCAUGAAAAUAUUUGACCACCCUGUGGCUCACGACAGCAUUCCACAAGGCAUGUUGCAUCCAGACAACGCUUCUUCGUACGAAUUCGUUUAGUGGAUGGAUGGUCGAUUCUUUUUCGUCGUUCGUUGCAUUUUGUCUUCUGUUCUGCGUGUAUUUUGUUGUUGGUGUUGCCCUAUAUGACUUUUACAAACAUAUGUAUGCACUUAUACCCUUUUCUUGUUAAAUAUGUUCGAACAGAUGACAUAAGUAUGUGUGCGUGUUCUGACAUACUGCUUAUAUGUACAUAUGUAUAUCAAUGUAGGUUUUAAGAUUUAAUUUCGCAACAAGGAUUUCUUUCAAAUAGUAUUUGACUAUUUCUUUUUCAUUUAUCAGUCAAUAUUGAAUAUUAAUUUCGCAACUUUCGUGUACGGGGUAUACGAAUUUCCAUCGCUUAUAAUUGAGUCACUGAGCGUUUCGCCCAACCGCUUGCUGCCUGUCUUCUUGGUGGCACGUUGUUGCUGGUAUGUGUUUGUAUACGUAUAUAAAAUUUAUUCGCUUUCCCGCACCUUAAUAUUUUAUAUUAGGGGGGUUCCUCUUUUUUAUCGUAUUAAAAUAUUUUAAAAACGAUAUUCUAUAUUAAAAGUAGUAGUGCUUAAAAGCUAUUUUAAAAAUUUUGUGGUAUGCAUUUGCCACUCGCUUUAAUUAACCUCUCAGAUUCACACGAUUUUAGCACGAUGCCGUAUACAUAGAGAAUCCCCGUAAGGUUAGUUUGUGCAGAUAUUGCUGAAAUCAUAACUUGAUCUUGACAUGUGUGCUAAAAUUUUCAAAAGUAUUUACAUUUAAAUUCAGGUUCAAACCUUCAGAUAUUUAUAUUCUAUUCUUCAGCUUACUAAUAUUCUGUACAUGUAUAUUAUUGACCCACCUUAAUGUACUUUCAUGUAUUACCAUAGCUAAGAAUGUGUGUACAUCCGCAUACACAUGUGUUUGCAGAAAGAUAGGGUCGGAUGGUUAGUUCAUCGUUCGUUCUUUUGCUCGCUAUGCUGUUGCCGUACAUAUAUACAUAUCUACAUAUGAUAAGCGCCGCCGUCGUCGUGGCUUCGGUACUGUAAAAUUAACGAAUGAAUGCUGUCGCCUGCUCGGUGUUGGGUAGAGUCACGCUGGUAUUGCUGUGCAAAUGUGCAAGUUGUAUCUACACAUGUACGUAUGUAUGUGUUAAUGUACGAAUAGUAUAUCGUUGGCAAAGGGCGACGGGCUGCCGUAGAUAUGGGUAAAGCAAAGGCAGCAACAGCAGCGGAUUACUUGUGCUUUGCCUUUGCCAUUCAAUUGUAGUAAGCGACGCAGGCAAACGUAUUAGUGGCCAAGGGCUAGUGUAGUAGAGAACAAAUGUAUAAGCAUAAAGCAAUUCUUGGAACGUAAGUAGGCAGCAACGUUGAAUUUGCCAAAGUAAAGACAAUACCCUACAAAGCAUUAAAUUGUGAAGUGAUACAAGGACGUCAAGAGAGUUCGCUUUGCCGCAGUUACAGUUGUGAAUUAAAGCAAAAAUAUUUCUUUUUUUUGGUGUCUGUAUGUAUGUUGUAUUUACAGUAGAAAGCGGUUUUGAAAGUACUUUUGGAGGAAUACGAAAAAUUGCCACUGCAAAGAAAAGAGAGGUGGAGGUGGAGACGGAUGUCAACGCCGCUAAAAUAGCUUAAAAAUAUGACAAAAACAUUGUGAAUAAUAACAACGCCAGCGUUCUUUAGAAUUUUUCUUCCGUCUGCUAACAAAAUAUCUAUGUAUCUCUCUACUUUUAUGUCACCUUUUUCAAUGCUGCAAGCCAACGUGCACAGAGUCGUCGUCGAUUCUUAUGUCUGUCGUUUGGUCUGGUUUGACUGUCGUUCUCUGUUCGGAUUUCGUCGUGGUUAAUGCUAGUGUUGUCAAAGGUGUUUGUCGCCUGCUUUCGUGUAGAUUUUAGCUCAUGCUGCUCACAUUCAAUCAACUCUCAAAGAAAAAAAUAUUUUUUUCUUUUGCAUUAUUGAAUUGUGCAAAUAAAAAGGCAAAGUCAAGGAAAGUACCGGCUACAAUUUUAGAAUGGGUGCUAUGUUUUUGUGUUUAUAAUUUUUGAUUGUCGGAUAGGGCAGGCGAAAUUUUUGUGUCAAGUCCAUUUUCAUGUGGAAAAAUGUUCACACCAAUUGCGAAUUUGAUGUGUGCAUUUCAUAAAUACAUAAAUUUAAAAUAUAAAGUUGGCUGUUAAUAGUUGCACUCAAUGUAUGUUAUCAAUGUCUAUUGGUUGCUAUAUAACAUGUUAUCCUAAACAGCUUCGUUAAAUUAGUAUUAUUUUGGAUAAAAUUUUAUAUUCAUCAAUAUAUUAAUUAAUUUCAUGUUAUUCGCAAUUUCUUCUGCUUUCACAUGUAUCCUUUAUUUUUGACAUUUAUUCACAUUCCUCUGGUGUAUCUUCAUUGUGAAUGAAAAAUCUAAUUUAACAUUAUUAUUUUCGGUAGCAGUUGUCCACAUACUUAUGUGCAUAAUUGCAUUUGGCAAUUGACAGCUGUUAUUAAAAUCCAAUGUUUCUAUUAAACACUCAAAAUUAAUAUCUUUUUCUGUAAUAUUAAUGAAAGUAAUUAUUCAGAAAUAAGAAGAUAAAACAUAUAGUGUCUACAAAAUAUUUGGUUCAGAAAAAUAAAAGUCCACAAGUUCAGACGAUUGGCAGAGAAAAAUGCGCAAAAGAACGCGGCUAACGAAAAAGCGCGCAAAACACGUUUCGAGCGCAUCAACACAUCAUAGGCCAUGUACGCGUUCACAUGAAUAUAUGUAUAUUAACAUGUAAGUUAGCAGAAGUAGAAGUACUAACAAAACCCCACUAUAUUUUAUAGCCGCAUUCGUUUGCAGCCGUUGCGAAGACAAGUCAAAAGGCAAUAAUAACAACGGCGUUCGGUCGUAAUGAAAGCGCGAGAAACGACGCCGACUAACCAACCAACCACACGACCGUGAAUGCGAACACCGCUUCGCUUCAUGCUAAAUGGCGGAUCGUCAUUGUAGUCUCUUUUUGUUGUUGCUAUUGUGAACGUCCUCCUCCUCCUCGUAUCUGAUGAAUUUUUUCUUGCCUGUUUCUACUGCACAUACACUUUACUAGCUUGUUCGUGGUUCGUUCACUCACCACACAUUUCACGUUUAAGCGCGCCGCGUGUAAAAUUUUGUGAAAAUAUCUGCUAAAUCUUUCGCAGGAAAUUCUAUAACUCCAAUAAAAAAAGGAAAUAUUAAAUUGACGCAAAUGCUGUGUGCAAAUUUGCUGAGGACAUUGAAAAAUAUCAAAAUACGAACCAUCUGUGAAUUUCGCGGAGUACAAAACGUGCUAACUGGUUCGAUAAAGACGUUUCCGAAUAUUGCGAUAAAAUUUCGAGAAUAUUUUCCUUUGUCCAGGUUUACAAGUUCCAACAGAACACCUGAUUUGUUAGUGUACUCAGCUGAUUCUUCAUAGUGCUGUAUGUAAAGUGCGUGUGUGAAGGUUAACUGUAGAGUUCAUUUAUAAUCAAAGGCAAAAUCAAAUUAAAACAAAAUUAAUCCUUACGCAAACCGUUUAUAUGCCUUCAAUUUGGUGCAAUAAAAUAUAUAUAAAGAAAUAUUUAAUUUCGUGUGUGUAAAAAUUGUAAAUAAUUAUAUUGCUUUCUUUUAAAAGCUUUUGUUUAAAGAAAAAUUAAAAACGUGUAACAAAUUUUAAUUAAGCAUUCACAUAUUAUCCAAUAUAGCGGGUUUCAAUUCAAUUUACUGAUAAUCUCAUCGUUGUCUUCCGUGAAAUAUCGUCGCGUUUUCGUAAAUUAAUCUCUUAUUUUAGUUAUUUAAAUAAAGUAACGUUACUUUAUUACAAAGGUGUAUUUAUAUAUAUACAUUAAUUGGUAAAAGUUAAUAUACGGUAAAAGAUAGUUUUAUACAAAUAAACGCCCACCAAAAUGUCAGAGCACGGUGCGUGGGGCAACCGCCAAGCGACCGCAGCCGAGGCCGCCCUUUGGUGGCCCGGAGCGCUCGCGGCGGCCGCGACACAGCAACAACAGCAACAACAACAACAAACCAUUGAUCAGCAAACUCUUCAACACUAUCAGCAGCAGUUGGCUGCGCAGCAACAGCAGCAGGCAGUACAACAACAACAAUUACAGCAACAGCAGGCCCAUCAAGUGGUCGUGCAACAAAAUCAACAGCAAGCACAUCAAAAUAAUGCCAACACCACUUCUGGUGUAGGCACCCAACAGUUAUUUACCUAUAAAAUGGCCAGUAGCUUCCCAAAUCCAGCCACGACCAUGGCACAGGUGGUCGCUACCUCAAAUGCGGCCGGUUCAACCGGCUACGAUUAUCGUCUUAAUAUGGCACAAGCAGCUGCAGCGGCAGCGGUACCCGGUUCACAAUGGUGGUAUUCGGCUGCGAAUUCUGGACAGAUAGAUGCCAACACCGCCGCACAGUUACAGCAGCAGCAACAACAACAGCAGCAACAGGCACAGCAACAGCAGCAACAGCAGCAACAACAGCAGCAGCAACAGCAGGCGGCUCAGCAACAGCAACAGCAGGCUCAACAGCAGCAACAGCAACAACAACAGCAGCAGCAGCAACAGCAACAACAGCUACAGCAGCAACAACAGAAUGCCACAGCGGUAAGUCAAAUUGAUUACAUAUUUUUUCUAUUAUAUCUAUAUAUUAAACAUAUGAAUAUACAUAUACCAUCUGAUCAAAUUUUAUCCGGACUGACAAAACCGAAAAAAAUCGUUUGCAGAUAAUUUAUUACAAAUCUAUAUUAUCCCCUCUUUAAACCACUUUUCCAUACACUUGUUACAAGUCCCGGUUGGAAUGGCCUACAGUACCUACAGGAAAUUUUGAGUUUUUCAGUUUAAGUAAACAUUUUUAGCACAAUUCGGUAAAUUGGACAGUUUCGAUGUCAUAUUCAUAAAAACACCACUCGUCACAAGUAAUGAUGAGUUUCAUGAAUGUAGGGUUCACACGAACAAAAACAGAUCGCACCAAUCUAGGAAAAAAUGUAACGGUUCGGUUUCGCGUGCAGUUUAUUGGGUCCAGUCCCAGUCAAAAUUGAUUAGAUGGUAGGAUUUAUAAGUAGAUGCAUAAAUACGUACAUAUUUCCACAUACAUAGUUACAUAAUACAUUAGAACUCCACCCAACUAAAUAAACAUACAUAUGAUAUGUCUACUUAAAAGAUUUGGAUAAUGCAUCAAUAAAACUUCGUGUCAUUGUCGAGUAUUAUAUGAAAGCUACAUAAGUAUUCCUUUUAUAUUAUGUAAAUAUUAAAUGUUAUUUAAUUCCUUGAUAUCAACUGAUGCUAGUAUAUCCAAAUACCAAGAAGGUUAUUGCCACCAAAGGAAAUGUUUACGCCGUUAAAUUCUCAUUUUAAAACCAGAUGCCUAAUUAAAAUUAAAACAGUCAAAUUUACAUAAGUUUUACAAAUACAAAUACAUAACAUACGGUACAUACUUAUACAUAGAUAUAUUCCACGCAUAACUUUCCUAGUUACUGUCUACGAAAAAGGCAAUGAACGACCUGGUUUGCAUAUUUUAUAUACUUUUCUUCUUUGGCUUCGUAGUUCACAUUUUGUUCUGCUGUAAUUCAUACAGUACAACCUUUUUAUUUUAUAGGUAUAUUUUUUCGCGCGCAUUUACUUCUCUGUUUGUCACCCCAUUCAUACAAGAGUAUGCAUAAAAAUAUGCAAAUUUGUGUGCAAACAACACAAAUUAUAUCUAUAGCAAAUAAAAUAGCAGCUGUUGCUUUAUGACAUGUGCGGAUUUCUAAUACACGCAUAUAAAAAUGUCUAUGUACGUCCUAACCAAAAAUACGUGCAUGACAACAUAAGUAUGUGUAAAAAGAAUAUUGUAUAAAUUGAAAAUAAAUGUAUUUUAACAUCAAGAAUGUAAAUACAAAAAAAAAAAAAAAAUCACAUUAAGUUGAUCCAACUUAUUUUACACUACAUUUAUGUCAUGAAAUCUUCUUAGAGAUUUUAAGAUUUUUUCUAUUUUCAUCUACUUAUGUACAUAUGUAUGUACAUAAUUUUUGCAUUUUAUUUUCACUUCUUCGCAUUCCUUUGGUGUUGUGUGUGUUGUAUUAAAUAUGAUAUUUAGACAUGCAACUCUCUUUGCUACACCCAAGUUUUAACAGAGCUUUGUUUCCCUAUAUCUACAGUAUAUUCGUAUGUAUGUAAAUAGGGGCCCCUUUGCGCCAGACAUUUGGUAGACGCAAUAAUAAAAGUAUGCACAGAAAAUAAUUUUUCUAAAGUAAACAAGGAAUGAAAGCUGUUGCAUGUUUCUCAAAGCUGCCGACAAACAUACAUAAAAACAAAGAACCCUUGACCGAAUUUUUUCGUACCAUUUUGUGGAUAGAUUAUUUGUAGUACAUAUAUGUAUAUGUACAUACGUUCUAUGAGAAUGUAAUGAAGUACGUAUAAUUUUUUCUUCCUGUAAACGUUGUUUACUAUUUGAUUUUUCCCUUAAUAUUUAAGUAUAAAUUAAAUUAUACUAUUACAUUUUAAGUAAGGGGUUAUAUCCACUUGCAAGUGAGAAAAAUGCGGCUUUUUGUGAUAUUUUUAUACUCUCGCAACAACGUCCUAAAACUAAAAGAGUCAGAUAUAGGGUUAUAUGUAUAUACCAAAUGGAUCAGGGUGACGAGUAGAAAACCGAAACCCUAUAAAGUGUCGUAACUAAGCCAUAAAUAAAGAUAUUAAAGUGAAAUUUGGCGCAAAGGAUCGCAUUAGGGAGGGGCAUAUUUGGACGCAAUAUUUUUGGAAAUGUGGGCGUGGCCCCGCCCUCUACUAAGUUUUUUGUACAUAUCUCGGAAACUACUAUAGCUAUGUCAACCAAACUCUAUAGAGUCGUUUCCUUCAGGUAUUUCCAUAUACAGUUCAAAAAUGGAAGAAAUCGGAUAAUAACCACGCCCACCUCCAAUACAAAGGUUAUGUUGAAAAU